CUCUGACCACAGAUUUGGAUCUGAUUCUUUGGACCUGUCACCUGGACAGAACGACAGAACCGACACAGACCAGGAUCACGAUGCGUCUGUGGAUCAAGUUUGUUGAUUUAAGGUGAAAAGACUAACAAUGUGGAGAGUUCCGGGAUUCGUUGGACGAGUUUUAAACAGGUGCUAUGGUAACAACGCCCUACGUUUGUCCCAGAACCACCAUGUGGACGAUGAGGUUAUCAGCAGCUCGUCUGUGCUCACCACCUCUCGGUGUUCAUCUGAUGGCAGUUCUCAGAAAGAGGGAGGUGGAAAGAAGAGGAAGAAACAGAGGACAUUUCACUUCAGCCAUGCAGACCUUCCACGUUACACAGCCCUGGAUGCUGUGGGAUGGGGGGCAGCAGCGGUUCUGUUAAUGCACAUCUGCAGGAGAAUCCACUCCCAGUUCUCUUCUAGCCCAGAGUCCUCCGUGAUCCCUUGUGUGGCAUCCAAGGUGCUCAAGUGUGGCAGUCUGCUUGAGAUCUUAUCUCGAAAUGAUGUCCUGCCCAGAGGAAGGAGUGUUCUGUGUGUGCAGAGGGCGCCAGAGAGACAGAACCGAGCUCAGUCCCCCAUCCAAAGCAGCAGCAGCAGCAGCAAUGACGUCAGGUAUCACAGCCUCACAGACCCCCCCAACCUGUCUGCUGACUACAAUAUCUCUAACCACCAGAGGGCACCGCUGAGACAGCAUUCCACUUUGCCUGAAGAAUCUGUGUCUUCAUACCAUUGUCCUUUGGAGAACAAAAAACAUCACGACAAUGCAGAGGCUCAAGAUAGUAACAAGAAGCAAAUCUCAUCGCAUGAGGAGAGGUUGGCAGAAGCAACACUGAAACUCACACAUACAGGAAAUACCAGCAUUCCUGUCAUCCUCAACAUCAUCGGUCUGGAAAACGCCAAGCGUGAGAACUACAAGGCAGCCGUCACCUGUUUUCUAGCUGCAGCUCAGCAUGGCUACAGCAAAGCCCAAUUUAACAUUGGUGUUUGUUAUGAGAAGGGCAGGGGAAUCGACACAGACAUUGAGAAGGCUUUGUGUUAUUACUGGCAGGCAGCACUCAACGGCCACAGGCAGGGUCAGUAUCGCUAUGCCAAAGUACUCCUGACCAGCAGGAGGCAGCAGAGUGCAGAGGAACUGAGCACAGCCAUUGAAUUACUCAAGCAGGCUGCUGAGGCUGGACUCACCAAGGCUCAGCUCUGCCUGGCUUCAGUCUACUCUCAAGACCCCGUGAGAAAUGGGUGCAAGUCUGUCCAGUACCUCAAGAUGGCAGCAGAGACAGGAAACGACACUGCCUUGCUGUUCCUCGGUCAGUGUUAUGAGAGUGGAUUUGGGGUGCAGCAAAAUCCGAGAGCAGCAUUUGAAUUCUACAAACAAGCCACUCAAGCAGGCAAUGGCCAAGCAAAACUCUUACUCACGCCCCCUAGUGACACAAAGGAUGCAGUCCUACGCUCAGUCCGUUCAGCUCCGUGUUUAUGUGACCGUUGGCACCAGCAGCACCUCGUCCUCUCUCUGUCCGACCACAUCCCCCACUCCAAAAGCCACCCUGUCACCAUUCCUCUCCUGCCUCACUCGUGGAGCACUGGGAGCCUGUGUCCUCCACCUGAGGUGUCCUCUACACCACUGCACAUCCUUCCCUCCAGCACUGAGAUAGGAAGUUGCCAGUGGACUGUGGGGAUCGGAUAGAUGAGACAGGAAUGUGUGCUCACCCGAAGAGAAAGUUCAAAGUGCGGUGGUUCUGUGCGACUGUGAAUACAGGGUUGUGGAUGAGUAGAUUUUAUACUUUGAUGAAUAUUUGAUUGUAGAAGUGUUUUUAAGCUACAAUGUUUUAUUAGUCAUUGUUCAGUAAGAGGUAUGAAAAUAUUAUGUGCGUGAUACUCUUCUGCAAGCAAGAAAGUGUGAUCGCUGUGCCUUUUCUUAGCUUGAUGGAAAGUCUCACGACGUUAACCUGCUUGUUUGAUGUCUAAGCACUUACAAAGCCAUCCUGUUACAAAUUAGAAUAUUUUUUAUCUCCUCAAAGCAAUUCACUGAAAACAGACUUCAUGAACAUGCUCUCCAUCAUGCCAAAACAACAAAUCGGAGGUGAAAAAUAAAUGCAUUUGUGAUAUUUCUGAUUUAGCUUAGUUUAAAUAAAUUAUGAUACCUUGUAAAAUGCAUAGUGCAUGUUUUGAAUUUUGUGUCACUCGUCAUACAGCUUCAUGAUGCAGUGGUAUUGAGAAAGACAUCAAAUCUGUGCUUGCAUCUCAGAUGUACCUUCUGGCAAAUUGUAGCUGAACUUUCAGGUCUUCUUUUUAAGAAAAUCCUGUUCUAUACCACUUCAUCAUGAUGCUGUAUAC